AUGGACUACCGCAUCAACGAGCUCGGCCGUUUUCGGGUCCUCCUCGGCGGCCUGUCCGCCUCGCUCUGCAUUUCCGUGCUUUACGGCUUCAACCUUCUCAGCAACUACCUUCAGAAGGAGUACGACCUUAAUGCGAGCGACUUGACCACAAUCACAACCACGGGCAUCGUCGUUGGGUUCGUGACCUUCCCCGGGGGCAUGUUGCUCGACUACGUGGGCCCGAUGUGGGUGCUCAUCAUCGCCACCACUUCGUGCGCACUGGGCGCUUUCCUCUUUGGGCUGGCGUUCCAGGGCCUCAUUGCCGCCUCUGUCUUGCGCUUUUCCGUCUUCUGUGCCUUUUUGGACUUCGGCUGCUUAUGGUUCGACACCGGCUCGCUGAUGGCGGUGCUCGGGAGCUUUCCGCGCACGCGGGGCCCGGUGGUGGCUUUGAUGAAGACGUACGCCGGCAUCGGCGCCUCCGUGCUCGCUGUGAUCAACUACAGCUUUUUUCGCGAGAGCUACGCGGCCUACAUGUACUUCGUGGCGAUUGCCAUAGUGGUGCUUGGAGGCAUCGCGAUCGUUCUUGUUCGAUUUCCGCCCUACCAUCUUGUUGACCGCGAGAAGAAGACCUUGCCGCUGGAGAUCCAGGAGCGACGACGGCUUAUCGAGCCCUACUACCUGCGGCAACUGCCACCAAUGCGCCGGUUUGUCAUUGGCUGCCUCAUCGUUGUUGCUCUGAUCGUGUACCUGACGACGCAGUCGCUGUGCGGGGCCUACGUGGACGGGAUAUCCGACAACACCCGCAUGGGCAUCACCAUCGGGGCGAUUGCGCUUGUGCUCCUGCUGGCGGUGGUUGCGGCGCCCCUUCCGUUUCUUGGCGGCAUGUCCCAACCGCCGAACGAGUUCCUCCCGCCGUUGCCGGGUAAUUCCAUGGAGAUGGGGGAGCGGGUGCUGGCGUCGCAGGGGGGCGACUGGGCUGAGGAAGAGGAGGUCGUUGAGAGCGACCUUGACCCGCAGUACCAGGGCACCUUCUGGGAGGACUUGAGGACACCGGACUUGUGGAUGCUGUUCUGGACCACGAUGGUAACGUGGAGUUGCGGGUUUGUCCUCACCUUCAACAGUGCCCAGAUAUAUCGUGCAUUGAACGACAACGUGUACGAUGCUGCCACAAAUACGAUGUACUCGGCCAUUGUUGGUGUUGGGAACGGCGCGAGUCGCCUGGCGCUGGGAGUCCUGGAGGUCAUGAUCCUCCGACGGGCGCCAGAGAGGCGUCCCACAAUCACCUGCCUCUUUCCGAUUGCGUCGUGCAGUUUGUUCCUGAGCGUGCUGCUAUUGCUGGUUCUGCCUCUGUGCUCCAAGGCCAUUAUCCUUGGCUUCUUCUUUGGCGGGUUUGGCAACGGCGCGGCCUGGGCGAGCACGGCCCUGGUGGUGCGCUCCAUCUACGCGAAGGACAUCGGCAAACACUACAACUUCAUGUCCUUUGGGACGCUUGUCGGCAUUAUCGCGUUUAAUCGUUUUGCGUACGGAGAGCAGUACACGCGGGCGGCGAGGCAGGGCCACUCCUACCCCCAGUGCGGCGGAAAGGCGUGCGUCCAGAGUGGAUUCAUCAUACUACUGUGUGCAUGUGCAACCGCCAUUGUUACGAGCACGCUUGUGCACAUCCGCUACACCCGCUUCGUGAAGAAAGCCCGCACUGCUCUGGAGGCGGGCAAAAACGAGCCCAAUGCCUCUAAUACUGAGGACUGCGCCGAGGGAGCCUGUGCCCCCGCGGACGAAUGA